GUCCGUCUGCUGUACUGCUCGCUGGAGGAGGCCGAGCUGAUUUUCCGGGCGGCCUUGGCGGCGGGUCAGGCCGGGCCCAGUCACAUGUGGUUCGCCGUGGGACCGGCGCUGUCCGGUCUGGGCCUGGAGGGGCUGCCCAAGGCCUUGUUCGCCAUCCGGCCGCAGGGCUGGAGGGACGAGCCUCGCAGGCGCAUCGCCAAAGGCGUCUCCGUGCUCACCCACGGGGCGAUGGCUCUGCGGAGGGACCAGGGCCCCAACAGCCGCGCGCAAUACGCCGGCAACUGCCAGAGCGACGGCAACAACACCCACCGAGUGCCAGACAGAAUCAG